AGGCUCAGCCUCUCUUUUGCUUUGCUUUGGCCUUUGGCUUGGCUCAGCAGCUUGGCUUGGGCAGCAGCAGAGAGCAGAAGCGCAGACAGAGAAGAUCCCAUCGCCCACCGCCCACUCGCCUCCCCCCCCAAAUCCCCAUCUUCCCACUCCUCCCCACCUCACUCUUCCCCCUCCCCCGCCGCCGUCCUCCGGCCAUGGACAACCCCAACCCCAACCACCCGCCGCCUUCCGCGGCCGCCUCCACCGCCGCCCUCCGAGCCCUCAACAAAUCCUCCUACAAGAUCUCCAAGCAGUCCUCCUCCACCUCCUCCUCCGCCUCUUCCCCCUCAAAGAAGGCGCCUUCCCCCCCGCCGCCGUCGCUGCCCUCCCGCAUGUCCCCUCCACUCCUCGCCCCGCCGCAUCCCCCCUCCCCCGCCGACCACCCGCCGCCCCAGCCCCCCGUCUACAACAUCGACAAGUCCGACUUCCGCGACGUCGUCCAGAAGCUCACCGGCUCCCCCUCCCACCUCCUGCCUCCCCAGGCCCCGGCGGCCGCGGCCCCGCCGGCGCGGCCCGUCAUGGCCCCUCCGCCUCCGCGCCCUAUCAUGGCCAAUCCGCCCCAGACCCCGCUCUCCGCCAUCCCGUCCCGGCUCCACCGCAUCCGGCCGCCGCCGCUCGCCCCGCCCCGCCCGGCGCCCAUCCUGCCGGCGCCGGCCCAGCCGACGCUCUCCCCCCUCCCGGCGCUCCCUUCCGUCUGCAUGUCGGCGGAGUCCCCCAUCUCGGCCUACAUGCGCCGGCUCCGCGGGAUGCCGUCGCCGAUCCUCGUGCCCACGUCGCCCCUCGGGUUCGGCUGCCUCCACUCGCCGCGGGCGCCGACGUCCCCCGGCGUGGCCAUGCCGGCCACCAGCCCCCGCGUCCGCGACCCGUGACCAAGAAACAACAACUGCUGCCGCCGCUGCUGCUUCCGAUGUGUAGAUAUGGCCGGCCUAGGAGAGAGAUCUGGGGAGGCGGCGGCGAGGGAAGGGGACGGAGCAGCAAUACAAUUACAAUGUGUUAGCUUCGCCUUGGAAUCCAAUCUCAAAUUCUUUUUUGUAGCGUGUUCUACCUUACCUACCUUAAUAUUUUCUUGGUGUAGUAUAUGGAGCAUGCUGUGUUUGACAAAGGAUGGACUUGUUCAUGUCUGGCCGAAUUCUUUUGUAACAAGCUUAUGCAAUAUGCAAUAUGCAGUGGCAAACCCCAAACCUUUAUAUGCAAAAUUUGUUUAGGACAAAUGUUAUGGAUGAUGUUAUGAUAUGAUAUGAUAUGCAAAGUUAUUAGCCA